AUGAGGAAGAGACAUUUAAUUGCUUUCUCAUUGUAUUCGAGUCAAUUAGGCUAUAAUUUAUCUUCAAAAGGAGUCGUUGUUCAUGUACAAUUUAAAUAUGUUCACAUUCCCUUAUUGUUUAUUAUUGAAGUAUGUACAUCAAGAAAUUCAAUUGGUCAUGUUAUACACUACUUUCCACUGAGUUCAGUAGUACUUAAUACUUUACCAAAGAAAUAUCAUAAUGAUAUUGAACUGCCUGUGGAUCCCGUCCAGAUAGAUUAUCUCAGUGGAUUAGUCAUCAGGUACACAAUGUAUCACCGUAUUGCACUACCAUACUGUUCUGCGAGUACUUCAAACAUUAAAAUUUCAUUUCGUUUAAAAUGA